AUAUAUAUAUUUACUUCUCUUCUCCUUCUAUUGUACUAGUUUAAUAGUUCAGCACAAUUAAGCAACUUAUCAACACAGAGAUACUGAGGAUGGGAAGAGCUCCGUGUUGUGACAAAGCUAACGUGAAAAGAGGUCCAUGGUCUCCUGAAGAAGAUGCCAUUCUUAAGAAUUUCCUUGAGAAACAUGGCACUGGUGGCAACUGGAUUGCUUUGCCCCGUAAAGCAGGGCUUAGGCGCUGUGGGAAGAGUUGUCGUCUACGGUGGCUGAAUUAUUUGAGACCAGAUAUUAAGCAUGGUGGGUUUACCGACGAGGAAGACAACGCCAUAUGCACUCUUUACAGCACCAUAGGAAGCAGGUGGUCGGUUAUAGCUUCCCGACUACCAGGAAGAACAGACAAUGAUAUAAAAAACUACUGGAAUACCAAGUUGAAGAAAAAGCUUUUAGCAGCCAACAAUAAUAUAAUCCCUAACAAUUCCACACAAAUUUCUGCCUCAAUUCCCAAAGAUGAACCCUUUUAUUAUGCAAAUGCAAGUUCCUCUACAUUGCCAUAUGUGAUUGACACGACUUGGCAACAGCAACAUGUUGAGCUUCAGCAUCAAGGGAUUAGUCAAGUUCCUUUUCCAGGGCACAUGCAGGUUUCUGAUUACAGUUCCAUGUCAUCAGUUCAAGAAGCUUCAAGUCUUUCUAUUUCAGAAAGCAAUAUUUCUGCCGUCUCGUGGUCUGCCAAUGGAAAUGUUGAAGAAUUAGGAAUUAAUCUACUCAACUUUGGCUUCGAUUCCUCUUAUCAAUUUCUAAAUGAGUUUGGUUUUGAGACACCAACUAGUCAUGAAGUUGCUCAAGAUUUAGGUAAUUAUCCCUUAAUCUAGAAGUUUAGCCGUCUAACAUUUUACUAAUUAAAGCACUAAUGCACAAUAUUAUAAGUAGUGUUUAUUUUACCUUAUGGUUUCUGUUAUGGUUGUAAAUAUAAAUUGUUCAAUGUAUAAAUCGAAUGAAAUUAGGACUUAUAUAAGUAGAAAUAAUUAUUUA